AUGUCCGCCGCCGCCGUGGCCAAGGAGGCCGUCAAGGAGGCCGUCCUCGGCACCACUGAGCCCGUCGUCGAGGUGUCACCUCAGACCAAGCAGCGCUUCACCUCGCAUGCUGUUAAGGAUGAGUCCGGCGAGCUCUUCCUGGGCCUUGACGAGUUCGUCGCUGCCGUCGUCCCCAAGGGCGAGGACUUUCACAAGAUCACCCGCGAACAAUACUCUAUCCUCUUCCGUGUCGCCGACACCAAGGGCACCGGCAAGGUGAGCCUCAACGACUGGGGUAUCUUCGAGAACCUCCUGUCCAAGCCCGACGCCGAGUACGAGAUCGCGUUCCGCCUCUUUGAUGUCGAGCGCACCGGCCGCAUCCAGUAUGAUGACUUCCGCACCCUGUACGAACUUAACAAGGGCCCCGACAACAUCCCCUUCGACUGGGAGUCCGAGUGGGCCAGGCUCUACAUUGGCAGCAAGAAGAACCGCCACUCUCUCGACUACCCCCAGUUCACCCAGAUGCUGCGCGGACUCCAAGGCGAGCGCAUCCGCCAGGCCUUCCAGCGCUUCGACAAGGACGGCGAUGGCUACAUCAACCCCGAGGACUUUGAGCGCAUCAUUGUCGAGACCUCAAGUCACAAGUUGUCCGACCACAUCCUCGAGAACCUGCACACCCUGUGCAACAUCUCUGCUGGUAGCAAGAUCUCUUACGCCAACGUCCGUGCCUUCCGUAAUGUCAUCGGAGAGAUGGACCUCGUCGAGUUGAUCUUGCGCCGCGCCAUUGACAACAGCGGCGACGGCAAGAUUACCCGUCCCGAGUUCCUCAACGAGGCCGCCAAGAUCACCCGCUUCUCCCUCUUCACCCCCAUGGAGGCUGACAUCCUCUUCCACUUUGCCGGCCUCAACGAGACCUCAGGUCGCCUGGGUCUGUCCGACUUUGCCAAGGUCCUCGACCCUUCGUGGCGGAACCCCAUUUAUGAUGCCGUUGAGGGCGCCGUCAAGGCGAAGGCUGCUGCUGGCUCCUCCAUCAUCAACGGCAUCAUCACCUCUUCGUACAACUUUGCCCUUGGCAGUGUUGCUGGUGCCUUUGGCGCCUUCAUGGUGUACCCCAUCGAUCUCGUCAAGACCCGACUCCAGAACCAGCGAGGAGGCGCCCAGCCCGGUCAGCGCCUGUACAACAACUCCCUGGACUGCUUCCAAAAAGUUAUCCGCAACGAGGGUUUCCGCGGCCUGUACUCGGGUGUUCUGCCCCAACUCGUCGGUGUCGCUCCUGAGAAGGCUAUUAAGCUGACUGUCAACGACCUGGCUCGUGGUUUCCUUUCCGACAAGGACGGCAAGAUUCCUGUGUGGGCUGAGAUGGUCGCCGGUGGUAGUGCUGGUGCCUGCCAAGUUGUCUUCACCAACCCUCUCGAGAUUGUCAAGAUUCGCCUGCAGGUGCAAGGUGAGGUCGCCAAGUCGGUUGAGGGCACCCCCAAGCGAUCGGCCAUGUGGAUCGUAAAAAACCUGGGCCUCGUCGGUCUGUACAAGGGCGCUUCGGCGUGCUUGCUCCGUGAUGUCCCUUUCUCCGCCAUCUUCUUCCCCGCGUAUAGCCACUUGAAGAAGGACUUCUUCGGCGAGUCGGAGACCCACAGGCUGGGUGUUCUGCAGCUUCUGAGCUCCGGUGCUAUUGCUGGUAUGCCCGCUGCGUACCUGACGACGCCCUGCGAUGUCAUCAAGACCCGACUUCAGGUCGAGGCCCGCAAGGGCGAGGCGACCUACACCGGCCUGCGACACGCCGCCAAGACCAUCUGGAAGGAGGAGGGCUUCACUGCCUUCUUCAAGGGCGGUCCCGCGCGAAUCUUCCGAUCAUCCCCUCAGUUCGGUUUCACCCUGGCGGCGUACGAUGUGCUGCAGAGGUUGCUCCCCAACCCGGGCAAGGCGGCCGAGUCGUCGCAGAUCCCGACCUCGACAGUCGUUGGCAGCCUCGACUCUAGCCCCUUCGGCCGCAGCCGCAACGCGCUGAAGGUCAUCCUGGAUCUGGACGAGGACUUUGGCAAGGUCAAGUUGCCAAACGAGCACGGCUGGCGAUCGCUGCCCAAGAUUAUGGGCGGUGGUGGUGGUCAGUAA